AUGGGCUCGUACUUCUCGGCCUCGGUGCCAAAGGUUCCGGGCAAGACCUCGAUGGAUGAAGGAAUUCUCCGUCGCCUCGGUACGCGAAUCUUGGUUGAUGUACCGGAUACCGCCGACCGCGAGCGCAUCCUUACCAUUCACUUGAAGGACGAGCCGCUCUCGAAUGACCUCGACGUCGCUGAGCUUGCUCAGGUGACGCCGGACUACACAGGUUCCGAUCUGAACAAUUUAGUCACUGCUGCAGCACGAUACGCCGGGAUAGACAACAUGAAGCAGAUGGGAGUCAGCUUUGAAUUCGGUGGCCAAACACAGGCAGAAUCGUCACAGAUACGACCACCUGUAUCGGUCCCAGCCGAUCGUGUGAGCCGUCGCACGACCUGCCGGGCUCGUUUCAUCCGUGCUAGAGAGGAAAUUCGCCCAGCGCCGAAGUCCGAGACAGUUUCUUUAAUCCGGGAGUUCGACAAUAUGAACGGCAGCACAGGCUCGAGCGGCCGAAGUGUCCAAAUUGCUAACAAAGAGAAGCCUAUUGUCACAAUGUGA